AUGAUAGUCCCAUUACAGGAGAUACCAGUAGGGGGGAGACUUCUCCAUUUUGUGAGAGCUUGGGAGGAGAUAACCACAGAAAAAUUUGUGUUGGGAGUAGUAUCGAAGGGAUACAAAGUAGAGUUCAGUCAAACACCGCCCUUGUCAGAGGCUAUGAAGUUCACCAGUGUUCCAUCAAACAAACAGAAAGCUCAGGUACUCGUAACGGAGAUCGAGGCCCUUCUUGUAAAAGGGGCAAUAGUAGAACUGGGAUCAAACCCAGGACCGGGAUUUUACAACACCCUUUUUGUUGUCCCCAAGAAGAGGAAGAGCUUACCAGUUCGUAGCUCUCCCUUUCGGAAUCUCUUCAGCACCAAGGGUAUUUGUCAAGAUAAUCUCGGUAGUACUAGGUCAUCUGAGGAGUCAGAGGUUCCAUCCUCAUGGAUACCUGGACGAUUGGCUUCUUCGAGAACAACUCCGAGAAAAGUUAUUCUCGGCAGUUUAGAGCACGAUACCACUGCUAACCAGGUUAGGUUUUCUUCCGAACUGGCUGAAGUCUCAGCUUUACCCUACUCAGGAUUUCCAAUACAUCGGAGCCUGUUUCCGUCUAGACCUAGGGCUGGUCUUUCCUCCAAGGGAAAGAAUCUUAACACUAAGAAAACUGUUCUCCAUAGUAGAGCAGAGGGAGAGUAUUCAAGUACGGUAUGUGCUUCAGAUCCUGGGUCUGAUGAACUCAUGCAUAGAGGUCAUACCAUGGGCAAGACUACACAUGAGACCCAUUCAGCUUUUUCUCCUUUAUCAUUGGAGACCCAAGACGAAAGACAUAUAUGCUCUCAUCCCAGUCAACAAGUUGUUAACAGAGUCCUUCCUUUGGUGGAGAGGGGAGACAACAGUGUUCAGAGGCAGAACACUGACGGACAGAUCAGUAGAUUUAGUCCUAACUACCGAUGCGUCGGGAGAGGGCUGGGGGGCCCACAUAGAGAAUUUGAGGAUCUCAGGGAGAUGGGGUCCACAAGAGAUAUCGAGAGAUAUCAACUGGAAGGAACUGAAAGCAGUUCAAUUAGCAAUUACGCAGAUUCGUCAACUAGUACAAGGAAGGAAGGUUCUGGUACAGUCGGACAACUCAACAGUAGUAACAUACAUAAACAAGCAGGGGGGAACUCAUUCUCCAGGACUUUGUAUGUUAACCUGGAGACUUCUCCAAUUCUGUAUAACAGAAAAGAUAGAACUAAAGUCAAUACACAUACCAGGCAGGUUAAACCUGACUGCAGAUGCUCUAUCCAGGAGGUCUCAGAUCAUUCCAACAGAAUGGACUCUUCAGAAACAGAUACUGAACCAGGUAUUUUAUUUUUGGAGAGAACCUCAGAUAGAUCUGUUCGCCUCAAAACUAAAUCAUCAGUUGCCUGUAUACAUGUCUCCAGUCCCAGACAGCCAGGCUUUGGCUGUAGAUGCUCUAGCUCAGAAUUGGACAGGAAUGUAUGCUUAUGCAUAUCCUCCAAUAUCCCUAGUAGCACGGGUGAUCAGGAAGGUCCGUCAGGAACACAUGACCUUGAUCUUAAUAGCACCAUUCUGGGAGAGACAAGCAUGGUUUCCAGACCUAAUAGAUCUGCUGAUAGAGCACCCAAUCAGAUUACCUCUGAGGGAGGACAUAAUCAAGCAGCCUCACAACGGCUGGCUUCAUCCAUCCCCAGACAUACUGAAGUUGACUGCAUGGAAGCUGUCAGGAGACAGUAUAGUGAGGAAGGAUUUUCAAGAGCUGUUGCAAACAGAGCAGUUGAGGCUAGACGACCUAGCACAUAUCAGACAUACAAUGCUAAGCUGAACCUAUAUUCAAAAUGGGCAGCAGAGAAGAGGUUUGACCCUUUUUCAGCAACUGUAGCUCAGAUUGCUGAUUUCAUGGAGUAUCUUUUUUCAGUUAAGAAUCUCCAGGUUCGUACUAUACAAGGUUAUAGAUCAGCUAUUUCAUUAAUCCAUCCCGGCUGGAAUGGAGUUAAAGUGGGUAACCACCCAAGAUUAGAAAAGCUGUUGAAGGCCUACUUUAAUAGUAGACCUUCUAAGAGAAAGUUAUCUCCUACUUGGAGUCUCACACUUGUGUUAAAUAUGUUAAUGAAGGCUCCGUUUGAGCCUCUCAUCCAUGUUCCGUUAAAGUUUUUAACAUUGAAAACUGUGUUUUUAGUUGCAAUUUCUUCAGGUAGAAGAAGAAGCGGGUUACAGGCCCUGUGUUGUAAGGAGGGCCAUAUCAGAUGGGAUCAGACAGGUGUAGCCUUGAUUCCACAUCCUGGUUUUUUGGCAAAGAAUGAUUCUUUGUCAUAUGUUUCAAAGCGUAUUUUUCUUCCAAAGAUGGCUAGUUUGUCAUCAGUUGAGGAGGACAGGUUAGUUUGCCCGUGUAGGGCUUUGAGUCAAUACCUUUUAAGAACCAAGAAGUUCAGAAAGGGGGUAGAACAGUUGUUUGUUACUUACAAGGAUAACUUGUGUCAUGCUGCUUCAAGAGACACAAUUUCAAGAUGGAUUGUUCAGACUAUCGAGAGAUGUUAUAAAGAGUCCACAGACACAGAUUUUUCUAUGGCAAAGGCUCAUGAUACAAGGAGUCUAUCGACCUCCAUGGCCUUAUUUAAAGGCAUUUCAAUGGAGGAGAUCAUGGAGGCUGCAUCCUGGAAGUCAGAGUCAACAUUUACCAAUCAUUAUCUAAAAAACAUGAGUCAAGAGACCGGCAGGUUUGCUCGAGCUGUAUUGACAUCAGAAAGAAGACAGUGA